GAAGCACCUGGUCAGAAGAGGCUGCUAUUCCUUUUGUUUUGAUUCUUUUUCUGUCAAAAACUCAAAAUGAGACAUGUGAUAUGCAUGGUCUCAGAUUUCUUUUAUCCAAACUUGGGAGGAGUUGAGUCCCACAUUUUCAAUCUCUCACAAUGUCUGAUAAAGCUCGGGCACAAAGUUGUUGUCAUCACUCAUUCUUACGGAAACCGGGUCGGAGUACGCUAUAUGACGAAUGGCCUUAAAGUAUAUUACCUUCCUGUCAAAACUAUGCAUGAUCAAGUCGUUCUUCCAACUCUCUUUGCUUCCUUGUCCAUUUUCCGCAACAUUUUCAUCAGGGAAUGCAUUGAAAUUGUUCAUGGACAUUCUGCCUUUUCAACCUUAGCACAUGAGGGUAUUUUAAUUGCUAGGUUAUUAGGUCUUAAGGCUGUUUUCACUGAUCAUUCCUUAUAUGGGUUUGCUGAUGUAUCUGCAAUCCUAACAAACAAACUUCUUGAAAUCACAUUGUCAGGUAUUAACCACUGCAUCUGUGUUUCACAUACAGGGAAAGAAAACACAGUUUUAAGAGCAAAGGUACCUGCUAAUUAUGUAUCAGUGAUACCAAAUGCAACAGACACAACACUAUUUAAACCAGAUGUAUCAAAAAGGGAUAAACGUAAAAGUAUGUUCCCUUUGAUAGUUAAUACAAUCUCAAACAAAUUUCUUAAAAAUGGUCUUUACAUUCCAGUAACAAUAGUGGCUUUAAGCCGACUAGUCUACAGAAAAGGUAUUGAUUUGCUGGCCUCCGUAAUUCCUAUUAUUUGUAAAAAAUAUCCUAAGGUUCACUUUCUGAUUGGCGGCGAUGGACCAAAGAGGAUUGUACUUGAACAGGUCCGUGAAAAAGAAGCUUUACAUGAAAGAGUGUCCUUACUUGGGGCACUGGACCAAUCUGAAGUGCACGAGACGCUGCUGCAAGGUCAUAUUUUCUUAAACACAUCAUUAACCGAAGCUUACUGCAUAGCUAUCGUUGAAGCUGCAGCAUGCGGUUUGCAGGUGGUUAGCACAAAAGUUGGUGGUAUUCCUGAAGUCCUUCCACCAGAAAUGAUUCGUAUGGCGCAACCCAACGUCAACGCAAUCGUUUCGGCUUUGGAUGACGCCAUCGACUCCCACCUGAAAGGAACUUGUAUGUCUCCAUCGGCGUGUCAUCAGUUCAUUCAUCGCACCUACAACUGGCUCGACAUUGCUACGCGGACGCAACUAGUUUACGAUAAUGUGAAAAAGCAACCAAAUUCUUCGGUUGGAAAAUUGCUACGCAGAUAUCGAACCUGUGGACCCGUCUCUGGCCCUUUUUUCGUCCUGAUCUUUACUAUAUGCCACAUACUACUGCAGUUCUUCGAGUGGUUUUACCCGCGUCAUUUGAUCGACAUCGCGCCAGACUAUAAUGGAUGGAAAAAAAACGUUAAAGCUACGAACCUUUGCGUCAGAAACAACAAACAAACACAAACACCUUAAAGAUUCCCACUGCCUUUACCGCUGCGCGGUUUGAGACAGCAUGCUUAUAAGGCAUUAGACCCGGUGUCGCACCUAUAUUUAGUCAUGCUCGCGAGUUCUCACAGUUUCUAGGUAUAUCGGGCUACAACUACAAAAUGCCCGCGGAAUUGUGUAGCAGCUUGUUAUCUACGUGUUUGUCCAAAUCCAUGUAAUUGAAUUGCACAUGAUUUUAGUAGUAAAAAUUUUAAUUUCAAAAU